AUGGAAGAUUUAAAAAUAAUCCUAUGGUCUAUUGAAGAAAUAAUUUACCUGAGUUCAGAAAAUGAAAUUCUUUAUGACAAAGAGGAGAAAGAAAUAACAAAAAAGCUAUCAGAUUUGUGUAAGAAGUAUGUAGACGAAAAUUCUAGAAAAUCGAAUGGAGAAAAUUAUCCAGAAGUAGAGUUAAUUUCGCCUGUUAGAAGCGUGUUUCGCCUUUUAAAGUUGAUAAAAGCAGGGAAACACAAGGAGUGUAUUGUUGAUCCAUUGAUCCGAGACUUAUUUCAAUUCAUUUUAGAUACUUUUAAAAAAGAUUCUACGAAAAGUAUUAACCUAGUAAAGAAGGAAUUAUUCAACUAUGUUGUUUUGCACGAAAAGGUAGAAAUAAAGAAAAGAUGGGACAAAAAUAAGAAAGAAGAAGAUGAAAAUCUGAACAAUAAGAAUUUUUUUUUUUUCACAUGGUACAUGUUCAUUCAUGAGAUAAAAAUUCUCCUGUGUAGCUACAUAUUUUUGAAUGUGUUUGUGCAGCAAAAUUGGACAGGCCCACCUCUAAUAUGUAAUAACGAAAAGACGACAAUGAAUAAUGCACAGGUAUAUGACAAAGAUAGCUAUUUUGACAAAUUUUUCGAAACAAUAAAAAUAAAAGAUGAAGAUUUUUUAACUUCAUGUUUGGACUUUUUAUCCCUAGAAGGAGAACAUAUAUAUGAACACUGUGAAUUGAUGAAUACUUUCUGCUUAUGUAUAAUUUUUCUACAUUUAGUAAACAACUUUAAUGAAACAGAUGAUCCAAUUAUGUCUUCAAAUGAGUACAAAUAUUUUGAGAAAAAUACGUCAAAUGGGAUUUUUGAAAUUUCGAGCGAAAACAAAUCACACAUGAGAAGCGAAUCAGUGGUAGAAAAAAAGAAUCAACAUCCACCUGCUAAGUGUAUCCCCAAAGACAUGCAUCAAAAAGAUGAGAAAAAGAAAGAAUAUGAUAAAAAUAAACUUUUACAUUUUGUUAAGAGCAAAUAUUUGUGGAAAUCCAGAAUUUAUUUCAUAUGGCAAAGACUUUUUGCUUCUUCUAGUAAUGAUUGGUUUUAUUCAUUGAAAAUACAUAUAAUUGAUAAACCAAUUAAAAUAUUUAAGAAUAUUAAAUUAUUGACAAAUGAUUUUGAAUUAAUCGAACAAGAUAUAAAUAUAAUUGAAGAAGUACCAGAUAUACUUGCUCAUUUAAGUAAAAAUGAUGAGGAGAACCUAAAAAAUUGUGAUUUAUUUUAUGAAAAUUAUAUGUCUAAAAAAUUUCAAAUUUAUGUUUUAUCAAAUUUUUCUAUUUAUCUUGCAUUUUACAAUUACACACAUGCGUAUCAAAGGAUACUGGAUAUCAUUGCAGAAAUGAGUCAAUUUUAUUACUCCUUCACAGGUAGAAUGGGAAUCAAAAGAAAAUACCAAAAAAUACCUGCUACUCUUUUAGUGCUAAAAGCGAAAAGGGGACAAGAUGAAGAUAACACUUCUGUAGUUUUGAAAGAAAUAGAACCUCUCAGUGAGUACGACAUUUUGAAGAGUGACUACAGAAUUAUGAACACUGAAAAAAAAGUUGAACCCAUCUGUGGAUUCAUGAAUAUGGAGCUGAUGGAUACUCAGAAUAAGACAAAUGAUAAGAGGCAAGACGAUGCAACUGGAAGCACAGAAGAGACACUCUUAUCCAAUUCAUCUAAUCUAGUACAAAUGAUGAAGGUGCAGAAAAAAGGGGAAAAUAUUACCAUUGACAAAAAUAAGGUCAGUGACAAAAAUAAGGUCAGUGAAAAAAAUCAUGUCAGUGACAAAAAUCAUAUCAGUGACAAAAAUCAUAUCAGUGACAAAAAUCAUAUCAGUGACAAAAAUCAUAUCAGUAACAAUGAUUUUAAAAAUAAAAAAGAAGAUGAAACAAACCAAGUAAAAACAAAAAACGGUGAAACAAUAUUAGAAAAAUCAAGUGACGCAAAAAUAGAAGCGAGAAAUAACGAGAUAAUCAAUGAAAAGUUUCAAACAUCAACAGGUCAUGAUUCUAGGCGUAGCGAAGAUGUAUCAUCGGUUAAACAUGCCCCUGCGAAUACUGAAAAAAUGGCUAGUUGCUCAAGUGAGAGAGGGGGAAAUAAAAUCAAUUAUGACUCAGAUAUGUGCUUGCUAAAGAAUGACGAAAAAAGAGAUGCAGAAAAUAUCAGCAAUGUAAAGAAUGUGGACAAUCACAUUGAAAUGGAUAAAGCAAAAGGGAAAGUAAUGUGGAAAUUAAAAGAUCUCGAUCCAGACACAGAUAUACUAGAAGAACCAUAUUUUAUGGAUUCACAAAACAAUUAUUUUAAAAUAUUAACAUUCGAUGAGCAAAUAACCUUAAUUAAUUUUUGCUUCUCCAUGGUUAGAUUCAAUCCACAUCAUGACGAAAUAAAUUUUGAAAAGUUAAGUGCUGUUAUAGCAAGAUGUCUGAAAUGUUAUGAUGUAAAUAUGGAAUCAUUUAAAAACGAUCAAAGUCAAGCACAAAAUAAGAACAAUGCUUUACUUCAAAUAAAAUAUCAAAACUGGUUAUUACACUCUUGCAUUAUAUGGUAUAAAUGCAAAUGUGAAACGUUUCGAUUGAAGACUGUAGAUAGAGCUGCAGCUCAAUUAAAUGAAUUAUUAAAAGAGUCUUACGACGACGAACCACAUGGAAGAGAAAGAUUGAAAUUUAUUUUUGAUAUAUAUUAUCCAUCCAUUUGGGAAAUGAAAAAGGAAAUAGGGAAAGUUUUGAUUAAAACAGGUUCUGUUGUAUCAGCUUUUAACAUUUUUAAGGAUUUAAAAUUAUGGGAAGAAGCUAUUACCUGUUUGAUUGAAGCAGAUAGAAAAGAAGAAGCAAAGGAAUUGCUAGACGAAUUGUUGAAAAAAAAAAAAACACCAUGUUUGUUAUGUUUGUAUGGAUUAGUAGAUAGAAAUAAUGCUCUUAACUAUUACCUAGAAGCAUGGAAUAUAUCAAAUUUCAAAUAUGGAAAGGCAGCUAGAUUUAUUGGAAAACAUUAUUACCAUAAUGAAAUGUACACUCCUUGUUGUGAAUAUUUAGAAAAAGCUUUAGAUAUAUCUCCCCUUUUACCAGACAUAUGGUUUAUUCUAGGUUGUUCAUAUAUGAAAUUAGAAAAAUUCGAUGAAUCUAUAAAAGCUUUUACUCGUAUGAUUAGUAUGACGAAUGAAAAUUCUUCCAAAUCAUAUGGAAAUUUGGCUUACCUGUAUAUGAAAAAAGGAACCUAUAAAGCAGCAAAAAUAUGUAUAAACCAGGCAGUAAAAGUUGAUAAUAAUGAAUGGAAGUAUUGGGAUACAUAUCUUAAAUUAUCUAUUAUGCAAAAUGAUGUCGAUAGUUUCUGCUUGUCUUUAACCACAUUAUGUCAACUCAAUCAAGUGAAACAAAUACAACCAUGGGUUUUUGAAUAUAUCUCAGAUCUUAUUGUAAAAGAUAAGCCGACCCUAAUUCUGAAUAAAAAUGGAUUGAGCUAUUUGGACAAAGUGAUUACAACUAUGGAUACUAUAUCUGUUCAUAUAUCUGAAUAUGACACUUAUUGGAAUGCAUUUUCCUUUUUUCUUUUUAUAAAAGGAAGAUUCGUUGAUUCUUACAAUGCAAAAGUGAAGGAAAUUCGUUCAAUAGAGAGUAUGAUACAAAAAUGUACCACGAAACAGAUAAUAAGUGAACUUAUUUCGAAACAAGUAAACGCAGUCAAGUUUUUGCAUCAUAUACUCAACGCACAUUAUGUAGAGGAGAGGAAAGGAACUUUUUCAUACCAGUUAAAGAACAUUAUUGAGUCCAUUUUGAAACAGUACAAGGACAUGAAUCAACAGGAAGUAAAUGAGUUGUCACAAAUUAUGCAAGUUAUAAAAUGA